UCAAUGACACUUCAGGGAUCCCCUUUUUUCUACAACGCAUGCUCUCGGCCGGUGCCAUAGAGUCCUCCUCCUAGGGAGGCCCACGCGAAGGCUGACAUUUUGCGUGUUUUGUUUAAGGGGCUCCCAAAGACGGUUGCCAUAACAGAACAUAGAACUUAGUGGGAGGUGAAAUUGGUUGCUGCCGUUGUAUAUGUAGGCUGGUGGCCGGUGUGGUUCUUUUUUUUUCCUUUCUCUUUCUUUCGCCAUUGCUGGCUUAGAGAGUUCGUGGGCGGGCUAAGGAAAAAGACGUCAUGCCUUCGAGGCGCCUCGAGGGGCAGCCGCCCGCCCUUUGGGUUCUUUGGCUUCGCGGUUGCCUCUUUUUGUGGCCCUGUGUAGGACUUUUCACAUGAGAAGGCUAAGAAUGUCCUAAAAGUCUCUGAAAUAUUUUUGGGGGGUGGGGGUGGGGAGGUUAUCGCUAUGUAAGUAGUGCCCUAAUUAGUACUUGAUAGUUUGGAUUUAUAGCAAUUCUAUAUAUUACAUAUAUUAAUAUAUAUAAUAUAUGUCAUUUCUCUUUGCUUUUCCUGCCAUGAAUAUGAAAAUCAUUAUUUUCUAGUCCUGUAGCUGAAAAAAAAACCUGUGACCCACCCAGUUAUGGCUAGUACCCGGAUUUCUGGAAAUGAAGAAAGGAUUAAAUAUGUGCAGGGAGAUCUUUUUACUUGUCCAGAAACAGAUUCCUUGGCUCACUGUAUUAGUGAGGAUUGUCAUAUGAGUGCUGGCAUAGCUGCUAUUUUUAAGAAGAAGUUUGGUGGUGUUCAGGAACUUUUGAGCCAACACAAGAAGACUGGAGAUGUGGCUAUUCUGAAGAGAGAAACUAGAUACAUAUAUUACUUGAUCUCAAAGAACAAAUAUUUUCAUAAACCUACAUAUGACAAUUUACGGAAGAGUUUAGAAGCUAUGAAAAUCCAUUGUCUGAAAAAUGCAGUAACUCACAUUUCUAUGCCAAAGAUUGGUUGCGGACUUGAUCGCCUGGACUGGAAGAAAGUUUCAACAAUGCUUGAAGAAGUAUUUGAAGAUACAAAUAUUCAUAUUACAGUUUAUACUCUUUAAUUCCUAGUAUAAUUGUCUUUUCUCUUUGUUGUUAUAUCCUUGUAUCUUAGCUGGCAUAGGCUGAUAGAAUUAUCUUCAUUCCAGUAUCCACAAUUCUUUAAGUCAUCUUCUGCUCUAUUCAAUUUUUUUUAAAAAAAGUCAAAAUGUACAUUCUAGUGUUCAGAUACUUUGUGUAACUAUUGCCUAUUUAGCAAUUGGAAGAUGAUAUUUUAAGAAAAACACCGAUAACUGAAAUUUUUUGAUCUAGAUUGGCAAUCAUGUGGAAGAGAUUAGAAUAAAGUGGAAAGUUAUGUUUAAAAAAUCAGAUGUUCACAUAUAUAAAUAAAAGAGCUUUUUCAAAUAC